AUGGAGGUUGCAGCGGCAGCCGCAGCAACAGUUGAAGCAGCAGUUGCAGCAACAGCUGUAGCAGCGGUUCCAGUGGCGGGUACAGCAGCAGUGCAGCAGGAGUUGGAGCAGCAGCUGCAGCAGCAGUUGCAGCUGCACGUGCUCCAGCAGGUGCAGCAGCAGGUGCAGAAGCAGGUGCAGCCGCAUUUGCAGCAGCAUGUGCUGCAGCAGGUGCAGUGGCAGGUGCUGCAGCAGGUGCUGCAGCAGGUGCAGCAGCAGGUGAAGCAGCAGGUGCAGGUGCAGCAGCAGCAGCAGCACGUGCUGCAGCAGGUGCAGCAGCAGCAGACCUUGAAUUCUUUAAGCGAGCGGAACUUGAGUAGGGGCUCAGAGAGGCGAAUGGAGCAGAAGCCUCCAGCCUACAGAGCAGCAGCAGCAGCAGCAGCAGCAGCAGCAGCAGAUAACAAAAGGCACAAGAUAUACCAAAAAAUGGCCAAAGAAGACACGAAAAAGGGCAGCUAA